AUGUCUGGUCCCCAAGCACGAGAAUUUCAUCCAGACACUCUGGAUGUGUCUUGGGAUUACCCUGGGGAACCCAAAUCAAGUUAUGCCGAUCAAAUUGUCAAGGCCCAUGAAGAAAAGGCCCGAAUUCUAGACAACUCCCCAUACAAACAGCGCGGCUGGAACGUGGUCAGGCGUCUUGAAUGUCUCCGAGUCAUUCAAGAGGAACUUGAGUCUCUGAACGAGCCAGAUCAACUAGCAACUGUCAAGGCUAUCACCGAAGCUUACGAGAAUGGAGAUCAAAAAUGGCCAGAUGGACCUGUGUCAUACUGGAGUCGGGGUGCGCUAGCGAGCAACUUGACUUAUUUUGACUGGGAUGAAUGUAUGAAGCUUCAAAAGAACACGAAAGGACAUGGUGGAAUCUGGAUUGAGGGGGUCGAUGGCGCAGGCCCGAUAGCAUUUCGCCGCUUCUCUGCAAACUUUGCAUUUCCAGGACAGCUCCCCCUUGCCUUCAAGCCUCUAGAUGCACCACGGGAUCAAUUCUACGGACAGCACUAUGGUUCUCAAAUGACCGAAGACGAUUUCCGGAAAAUACUCGAAAGUACAAUGGGGUUUCCAAUGCCCCAGUUCCUGGUGAGAGGAUGCGAUACCACCAUGAUAUUGUCUUCUGGUGUAAUGGCCCAAAUUGAGCAACUUGGGGAUGCAGCCGACAUGUCCAUCGGUUACAGCGCCUUUCAUUGUGGGAAUGGCGUACUUCGGGCUUAUCCUGCCGUUGCUCUUGAAGUAGCCGUGGCUCAGCCUAAUGACCCUCCUUCGGAAUGGAACUGGGUUACUACUCGUUGCGCUGUCGUUCCGGGUUUGGGGGAUACUGAGAUCCGUCUGUCGUUUUGUGUGGAUGACGAGACAAUGAUGGAGGAGUUUGUUGCAUGGGAAUUGAAUGAUGAGAGCGAUGAACCUGAGCGAGGACCUAUCCUGGACCAACUGCUUCGGCGGUGA